AGGGAAAGGGAGGUUGAGCAUGGUAUGCAUACUAUCAGGUCUCAUGGAACCACAGUUGCUAGGACUCACAUGCAUGAUUGGUUUAUCUUGCUUUUACUUUCUGUGGUCGAGAUCAUUUUAAAUAUCAUACACCCAUUCAAUCGCUUUGUUGGGAAGGAUAUGAUGUCGGAUCUUAAGUAUCCAUUGAAAGACAACACAGUAUCAUUAUGGACUGUUCCGAUGUAUGCAGUUUUGUUACCUAUAAUUGUUUAGCUCUUCUAUAUCCUGAGAAGAAGCGUCUAUGAUCUGCACCACAGUAUUUUAGGCCUACUGUCCGCUGUACUUAUAACUGGAGUUCUCACGGAUUCAAUAAAGAAUGCAGUCGGCCGGCCUCGGCCUGAUUUCUUCUGGCGCUGCUUUCCUGAUGGCAAAGAAUUGUACGACCAAUUCGGCAAUGUCGUAUGCCAUGGUAUAACAAAUGAGAUACGGGAAGGACGUAAAAGUUUCCCAAGUGGUCAUGCUUCAUGGUCCUUUGCAGGAUUGGGAUUUCUUUCUUUGUACUUAGCUGGAAAACUUAAAGCAUUCGAUGAGAAGGGAAAUGUGGCAAAAAUUUGUACUGUGUUGCUUCCUCUUCUUGUUGCAGCUCUUGUUUGUGUAUCUCGGGUAGAUGACUAUUGGCAGGAUGUGUUUGCUGGGGGACUCUUGGGGCUUGUGAUGGCUACCAUAUGUUAUCUUCAAUUCUUCCCACCACCAUAUCACACUAAUGGCUGGGGUCCUCAUGCACAUUUUGAUGUUGUUAGCGAGGCACGUUCAACUCAAUUUCCGGUAACUCUGUCAAUGAUAUAGAGAUGCAUGUGACGCAGUCACAAGCUGCAAGGACUUCAGAAUUUGUGACAAUACCUUUGGGACAUAAUUCAAGUUCAAUGCUAAAUGAACUUCAAGCUGAAAAAAUGUGACAUUUUUACUCUAUAGUUU